AUGCAACGCUUCUUUCAGGCCGUUGAAAAUCUAGCGAGCUACCCAAAUCUACUAGGUUUCGCCAUCCCCAACGACUUACUCAGAGUUCUAGAACGAACAGUUGCUGCGCCUAUCAUCCGCGCCAUGGUGCGUGAUAUUAGACGGUAUCUCAGCCUUCUCGCCGUCAAGAGAAAUCAAAGGAUUGUUCCAGUCGGCAUAUUCUCGUUAGACAUGAGCCUCCCGCUGAAAGAUCAGUUCGAGUACUGCUGUUCAGGAGAUGAUAACGAAACAGUCGAUUUCUUUGUCUUUGACUACGUCUGCUUUGAUGCCAAAAGGGCGAUGCAGACGUCCAAAGGCCCAGAGCCACUCGAGAUGUUCUUUAACACGCAUAUACCAGUAUCGUUCGUAUAUGGCUAUAACCGUUUGAUUCCACGUGGGUUCCUUGACACCCGCACGAUUUACUUGCACCCGGACAUGAGACAUGUGUUCUCAGGUGGUAUCGUGUUCCAGUUCUUCGACGGGCCAAACAGGGACGGCCUCGUGGCGUUGACUCGACGAAACGACGGCAGGCUAUAUUACGACAAGACGAUAGACUACUGGAAUCUGCGCGAUAGCGUGAACAUGGCUUUUGUAACGCUACCAGCUUCAAUAAUAGCUCGCUCCCGCCUCGUUGAAACGGCUGCUAUGUCAGGAACGAAGCCUAAACGGUCUCAUAUCAACCAGAAUAUGCUAGCAAUAGGGCAGGUACCUGCUAGCCCUGUGAACUGGACAGAGGUCGAGGCGCACAUUAUCGAUGACGGCGAGUGGGUCGACGCGGGUAAGGAGUGGCUGGACUUAACUGUUGAGGAUCUCACAGCCUCGAUGUGGGAUAAGUUAAAUAUCGAUGAAGCAAAUUCCUAG